CUGAGCGCAGCUAUGGUUGUUACAAACGCACUACCCCAGACACUAAGUGGCAAGAUCGCCCUCGUUACCGGUGGAGCACGAGGAAUCGGCGCCGGAAUCGCCCUUGAACUGGCCAAACGAGGUGCCUCCAUUGCCAUCAACUACUGCGGCAGCCGCCAACCCGCAGAGGACCUAGUCAAAACCAUCCAGAGCCUCGAUAUCGAAGCAGCCGCAUUCCAGGCAGACCUGACCCAGGUAUCUAAUAUAGAAAGCCUCUUCCGCCAGGUCGUCGGCCAUUUCGGCCAGGUGGAUAUCGUGGUAUCCAACUCCGGCGUUGAGAAAUUCGGCGCUCUGGACGAAACCACCCUCGAUGACUUCGAUCAGGUUUUCAGCCUCAAUACCCGCGCGCAGUUCUUUGUUGCUCGGCAUGCUUUCGAGCAUAUCCAGCCUGGCGGACGCGUCAUCCUCAUGUCUUCUAUUGCCGCGGGGGUAGGUGUUCCUGGUCAUGCAUUGUAUGCGGGCAGCAAGUCUGCCGUCGAAGGAUUUACCCGCUGUCUUGCAGCGGACUUUGGACAGGUGAAAUGUACUGUCAAUGCCAUUGCCCCGGCUGGAAUUAAGAGUGAUAUGUGGCUUGCAAACUCGUGGCGAUAUGCUCCUGGCUGUGAUAAGAACUCUUCCCUGCAGGAUAUCGAGGCGGCCCUGGCGGGGGGCAGUCCGUUGGAUAGGUGUGGAGUACCAGAGGAUAUUGGACGAGUGGUCUCAUUCCUAGCCGGUCCUGAUAGCGAAUGGGUCAAUGGUCAAAUCAUAGCAGUCAAUGGAGGUGCGAACAUAUAG